GUUGGUCUUGGUUGCGUGAAUCCGGCCCUGCUGUUUGAAAAAAUUAACAGAUUCAAAAAAUCAUGUCGUGUUCCGUCGCGGUAUCAAGCUCCCCGGUCUUCUCUCCUUCCUCGUCUUUCUUCUGUAACAAAACCUCAAUACUUUCUCCAUCAGCGGAGGCUCUUAAUUUGACUUUAACCCACCUCAAACCCACAUAUUCUCCUUCUUCUCCGUUUGUCAUCUUCGCCUUCAUCGUCGUUUCGUAUAAGGAUUCAAAAAACAUCAUCUGGGUCAUUUCUCUCAUCCUCAUCUCCGUCUUCUUUGGGUUCCAGUGUGGGUUUUGGUCCCGGGUCGGUUUUGAAGAGGAAGAGGCCGGCUAGACUGGAUAUACCGGUGGCGACUGUGACGGCCUUUGCGACUCCGGUGAUGGAGAGCCAGGAGAGAUGGAGAGUGAAGGUGAUGGGUAUUCUGGUUUUUUUUUUUUUUUGAACACAACGAAAAUUGCUUCAUUAUACAUCGCCAUACGACAUCUACAGUAUGCCUUAUCCGGUGGAUGAGGAGGAAACAGAUAGAAAGCACAACUGGAGAACAGAAGCCAGGGUAGACCCAUAUGCAGAGGAUGAAGGGAGGUGCAUCGUGCACUCGGCCAACCACAAAGGACCAAGGGUGCCUUCGGUCGGGCGAUCCAACGAGACACCCUUCUAUCCACCCAUUUAGAGGUUGCAGUCAGACUCCAGGAUGCCGAGGCGAGAACCCUGGCAAGCGAAGACCAUCCCUCAGAAAAUCAACGGGAGGGUCGCGAUGGGCGCCAGAUCUGGAGAACCCAGCAAGCACCGCCACAGAUCUGCCGAAAGGAGAGGUAGGCCGCCGGAUCUGCAAGCAAACAAGAAAACAGAAAAGCAGAACCCAAGAAACCAAAGCAGAAAACAGAAAACAAAAAGAGCCACCAAAGGGGCCACAAAACCGACAGGCCACAAAGAGCCAUCGGAACAAGGAGCACGAAGCCGGCUCUAUCAUGCUUGAGUAGCCGAAGAGCCCGGCGGCUCAAGCACCAAAAACUCGGAAGCCCUGGGGUUUCCGAUCAAAACCACGAAGCACUGGUGAAGGUAGUCAGAAGCAGGAGAAAAGAAGGGAAGAGAGAGAGAAAAAGUUUUUUUUUAUGGGUAUUCUGUUUAUUGUAAAAGAGGGACGAGAGAAGCUAUGAGGGUAAUAAUGUAAUUUUAUGUUU